CCGGAAGUGCCUUAGCGCGGCGGCGGAAUGGCCAGCUGAGACUACCGGUUGCGUUUGGGAAGAGUCGGCGUGAGGCUGCGGCGUGUGGGCUCCAGGGACGGCGGAGGCGACCGCGGCUGGCUGGGGCUCGGGGCCUAAGACCCGAGCGUCCACACCACCCGCGCGGUGGGCGCCUCGGGCUCGGCUGAGUGCCUGGGGCCGCCGCCAAGCACAGACCAUGUUCAUGGUGCGCCUGACUUCCCAGCUGCUCAGGGCUGUUCCCCGGGCAGGUUGCAGUGGGCCUUGGCCUGUCUGCGGGGUGUUGGGCAGGCAUGCCUGCAGGCCUCGUUACAGCAUGCAACCAAUAGGCCCAAGUGGGGUUGCCCCCCUCCCUGACCGGCGGGUCCACAUGGAGCUUGAGGAGAUGCUGGUCCCCAGGAAGAUGUGUGUCAGCCCCCUGGAGAACUGGCUGACCGUUCGCUACCUCCUGCCCAGACUGGACGCUGGGGCCCCAGAGAUUGUGUCUCCAGCCCAAGUCUAUGAGUGUCCGCCCAGCCAGGUGGGGGAAGGGUUCGAGCAGGGGGGUAAGGACGUCUGGGACGCACCCCAGAUACAGUGCAAAAACGUGCUCAAGAUCCGCCGGCGGAAGAUGAAUCAUCACAAGUACCGCAAGCUGGUCAAGAGGACCCGGUUCCUGCGGCGGAAAGUCAGGGAGGGACGCCUGAGACGGAAGCAGAUAAGGUUCGAGAGAGACCUGAGGCGCAUCUGGCUGAAGGCGGGCCUGAAGGAAGCCCCCGCAGGCUGGCAGACCCCCAAGAUCUACCUGAAGGGCAAAUGAGUCUCGUGUGUCCCUCCCCCAGCCCUGUUACUGCUGAUGACCCAUUGUAAUAAAUAUUCAGAGAACUUA